AGUUGAGCGCUAGUAGUGCUAUUAACAGAUUGCAGCAGCGGACAAUGCCAACCAUCACGAUCAGUUAAUAUUUUGUUUCUUUUCGUUUUUCAGGCUAACUAACAACGCACAGCGUUGAAAGGGCGCGUCUUUCGUUCUUCUUCUUUCUUUAACACCAUACGAUGCGUUGCUCCCAUCCAGAGCACGCUCGCAUAUUGACAUUCCUUUUCACUACAAUCUUGUUCGUACUCUCAUUUACCGCCACUCUCGCAGAGUCAGCCAAUGUUCAUGGUUUCCGAGCCCAUCAUGCCUGGCGCAGACGAGCACCGUUAGAUAUGAUUGCCAGAGAUUCAACAUUAACAACUCAGAUCGUGUUGCCUACUAGUAGUAUUACCAGCGCCCUGUCAUCCAUGCUCAGUGCUGCGACUACCUCGCUUCCCGCCGCUGUGUCCGCUCUACCUUCACCACCUACACUUAGUCCUUCCCCGCCAACUCUGCCACCAGAUCCAUUCGCCAAAACCUCAAGUUCCUCUAGCUCUACUCCUACAUCCAUCCCUACGUCGACCAGUGUCACCAAUGCCGCUAUCCCUACCACAAGCAAUGAGACUCCUGAUUCACAAUCGACCUCUUCUCAGUCUUCCUCUCAACCGCAUUCCUCUUCUACAUCUUCCGCCCAACCUUCCGCGUCCUUAUCCACAUCCAAGUCCACGCUUACGUCCGCAGCACCUGUUGUUGUUGCAACAACGCAAGCUGCACAACCCCUAGGACUCACGUCCGAGUCAGGAUAUACAGGUGCAUUUACCAGCUUCGCAACUGGAACGACAGAUUCAUCCACUCCUUCGAGCACGUCCUCUUCCAAUUCUGGAUUCUUCUCAAAUACAGGAGCAGUCGCUGGAACAUUUACUAUUGUUGGCCUGCUUGGAGUUGCUGGAAUUAUUGGUGUUGGAAUGAUGAUUGCAAGACACCGUGUCUCUCGCUCGUAUGAGGAUGACAUGGAGUAUCUGGAAAAGAAGCUAGAACCCUCUGUAGAGCCCUCUCAGAGUCAGAAUUUCAUUGUUGGAGAUGCUGAGGAAUCUCAAGACAUGGAUCACUUCGGCAACUCCAUGGAAGUUACUGUACCGCCUGCCGCACACUUUUAUUCGCAGCGGGACGUAUACCACGGGCAGGCAGCUAACGGUAGCGAAGAUUAUGAAAACCAAGGCUACUAUUCGCAAGAGGUGUACACUCCUGAUGAGUAUGGUAUAGCAUAUCCCCCGACGGAACCUUAUGGGGCACAGGAUCCUUAUGGAGGGAUUGAUGAAUCUUAUGGAGAGAUGCCAAACCCCUUCGACAACGAUGGAUCAGGAUUACCAGCUACCUUGCGGUCACCUGUUCAACGAAGUCGCACGCUUGUUCCCCCUCCUACUGCGUACCACUCUCCGGAUCACCCCCACUCUAUCGAUUCCUUCUACGGUUCCUCUACGGGCGCUUCGAGCGGGCACGCCAUGUGAAAUCAUACCAAACAUCAUAUACUUGAUGCGUGUGCAUUGUGACACUCUUCAUGUUAUCGUUCAAGAUCACUGCAGUGCAUGUUUGAUUCGUAUUUCAUUAUUUUAUUUAUGUACACACUUGCAGCUGCACAUAUACCUUGGAUU